AUGUCGACGCCGGAAUACCUACCUAACGAGCAGCCGGCUCGUCGAGCGUGCGAUCAAUGUAGACGAAGCAAGACGCGCUGUGAUAAAAAGGUGCCCUGCUCCAGCUGCAAGUCGGCCAAGCGCACAUGCACGACGACAGGCGCCGAGAACCCAGGCCUGCAGCGCAAGCAGCGCAUACACAUCUCAUCACUCUAUGAGCAAAAGAUUGACAGGAUAGAGGCCAGCCUCGGCAGCAUCGAGCGGCUGCUGCAGCGCCGUGAGAGCCAGCGCUCAUCCACCCACGACAGCCAUGGCUCCGACAGCGGCGGCAUCGGCUCGCCCAACGCGAGCGUCACCAUCUCCGACUCGUCGGCCAUCAACACGCCCGCUAACAUUGACUCGGCCGAGCCCGAGCCCGACCAGGGGCUCAACGUGCAGACCGACAUCACCGUCGCGCUGCUCAAGCAGGCCGUCCGCAGCACCACGCUCUACGGCGUCGACUCCAAGAUGGGCGCCGCCCUUGGAAGCCUGUACGACCUGCUCGGCAGGCGCCACCUCAGCAGUCCCGACGGCGGCGGUGGUGCUGGGAGCUUGACGUCGCCGUUUCCGAUGCAGAAGCCCGUGCCGCCGGGGGGCGUGGGCAAGCUGGAGAUGCCGCCGCUGCAGGUGACGCUCGCCGCGCUGGAGAGACUGACUUGCAGUCCGCCGACGCUGCUCACGAUGCUCUGUUCCUCGAUAGGGCUAGAUGACAUUGCCGAGGUCUGCAGACGCGAGUAUGAGCACCUCGACAAUAUUUCUAGCAUCAAAUUUGUCCUCAUCAGCUCCAUACUCUACCAUAUUUUUGAAGAAUCCAGCAUGCUGGGCAUCUCGCCGGAGCUGCUCGCAGAGUACAAGGCUCAUGCCAAGCUCUGCCGAGCAAAUGUCGAUACUGGCCUCGCCAACUUGCCGCUACUACUAUCCUCGACAGCAACAAAUGUGCAAGGGCUUCUACUAGGAGCCUUUGUCUCCAUCGAUCAGUCGCGGCCAGCCGUCGCAUGGCAGCUGUGCACCACGGCCGCGCAGCUCUGCAUCGCCGCCGGCUUCCAGAGCGUCAGCGCGUCCAUGCACAAGUCCCCCGAGGAGAUCCGCCUCGAGCGUAUCCUCUUCUGGAACGUCUACAUCCUCGACAAGGCGCUCUGCCUGCGCCUCAACCGCGGCUCCUGCAUCCCCGAGUACGACAUUGACAUCCCCCCCGAGUUCAGCUUCCACUACGACGCCGGCGCCAUGGGCCACCACGACACAAAGGGCAUGACCAAGUUCUGGGUGCGCGCCAGCAUCACCCAGGGCCGCAUCUACGAGCACCUCUACUCGCCGCUGGCGCGCACCACGCCCGCCGAGACGCGCGUCGCCCACGCCAAGGCCCUGGCCGCCGAGUGCCGCAGCCUGCUACAGGAGGCCAAGGCGCACCAGGAGCAGUACCCGGCGAACCAGCACGCGCCCAUCCUGACGGAGAUUUUCCGCAUCGGCGAGGAGAUUCAGCUGUCCAUCAACCUGACGCUCGUGUACCAGGCCGUCUCGGCGCUCGACGGCCAGGGGGUGUUUAAGAAUGAGUGCGUUGAGGCUGCGAGAAGGGCGAUGCGCACGCAUAAACGCUCGACGCACCUGAUGCGCAUGGGGCCGUAUGCAAAAUCGAGCUACAUAAACUGGACAAUACUGCAUACGCCGUUUGCGCCUUUCUUCGUUAUCCUCCGUCACGUCCUCGAGACGCUCUCCAUAGACGACCUCGUCCUCCUGCAGGAAUUCAUCGAGUCGCUCAGCCACGCGCUCGACGUAUCGAACCGCCUGAAGCGCUUCCACCAGCUGUGCCACGUCAUGUGCGAGGUGGCCGGCCUGUUUGUCGGCGUCAAGCUCAAGCUCAACAACAGCAGCGUCACCGUGCCCGAGAUGCCGCAGGCGCUGGACAACGUCAACGACCUGCUGCACCAGCAGUUUAGCAUCGGCCAGCCACCGCCGCAGGAGCUACUACCUACCGCUGCCGCCGCGCCGCAGGAGCAGAAAACUCAGCAGUACCUGGAGAAGCAAAUACCGGGGACGGGGCCAAGCUUCCAGCAGCAGCAGAGCUUGGGGAAUGUGCUGCAGGAGGCGCCGCCGCCAGCGGUGGUUGUCGGGGGCGAUCCGUCAAUGGCCGCGCUGCCGCUGGAGUGGGAUCCGACGACGAUGGGGACAAUGGACUGGACGGCGGGCUAUGAGAACAUUCUCAACCUGAUGCAGGAUGAACUGCAAAUCUUGGAGAAUUACCCCAACGCAGGGCUGUUUUAA